ACAGGCAGCAGACACGGGAAGUUAUCCUCUAGGAAUUUCUGACAGUAAUGGAAAAAAUUAAGCCUCGAGACUGUAGUGUAGAAUAACCAGACCUUGGCUUGUUUAAAAUAUAGGCGAAGUUCCUAUCAAGGUAUUAGGCUGACUCUUAAGACGAACACGAAGGUAACGGUACCGUAAAUUAAAUGACUUCUGCGGACAAACGAAGCAACGUUAGAGAAGGAGGACACAGCAAUGGAGGGGGGACGGUGAAAGGAUUUGUCCGGAAAGUCCAUUCUCCACACCCAUCCCUAAAUGAUUCACUGGAGGGAGAAAUUCAAGCCUUCCUCAUUGAUGAAGACCAACUCCACACUUAUGACGACCUCACCAAAGUCAACCCAGUGACCCCUACAACAGUGCUGAAAUGCCUCCAGGCCAGGUACAGGGUGAAGGUGUUCUACACCCAUGCUGGCUGCACUUUAGUGGCCCUGAACCCCUUCCAGCCAAUCCCAGACCUGUACACCCUGGAUGUGAUGAAGGAGUAUCACUGCGCUCCUCAGCCACAGGAGUUCAAACCACAUAUCUUUAUAGUGGCAGAAGAAGCCUACAGGAACGUGCAGAACCAGCUGGAGCCGGUGAACCAGUCCUUGGUGGUCAGCGGAGAGAGCGGUGCAGGAAAGACAUGGACGUCUCGUUGCCUGAUGAAAUAUUACGCCACUGUGGCUGCCGCCUCCUCUGUGGUGAACAGUCAGGACACCGUGGAGAGGAUAGAGAGGAGGGUGCUGGACUCCAACCCCAUCAUGGAGGCUUUUGGCAAUGCCUGUACUCUGAGGAACAACAACAGCAGUCGCUUUGGAAAGUACAUCCAGCUCCAGUUAGACAGGCGUCAGCUGUUAGUGGGGGCGUCUGUACAAACGUACUUACUGGAGAAGACCAGGGUGGCUUGCCAACCGGCUAAUGAGAGGAACUUCCACAUCUUCUAUCAGAUGCUGAAGGGGGCCACAGAUGAGCAGAGGAAGGAGUGGAAGAUGCCAUGUGGCAAACAUUUUGUGUGGCUGCCAAAUUCAGAAAAAACAGUCGAGGAGGAUUCCUUUCAGGAGACUGUCGAGGCAAUGGUUCAUCUGGGCAUCAAAGCAGAGAGGCAGAGGCAGUUAUUCAGGAUACUAUCAGGGAUUCUGCAGUUGGGGAAUCUGAAUUUCUCUUCAAUGGAUGAAUCACAGCCUUGUGACCUAGAUGAGCAAUCUAAAGACUUCUUGCAGAGGGCUGCUGAUCUGCUGUGUGUCCCCGCUGAGGAGCUUCUCAUGAGUCUGAGAGUGAGGACGCUGAAGGCGGGGAAGCAGAGCGUCCUCAAGCCCUGCUCCCGGGCCGAGUGCAGCAUGAGGAGAGACUGCCUGGCCAAGGUCAUCUACGCACAGUUAUUUGAAUGGCUGGUUACAUUCAUCAACAACAGCAUAUGUGCAGACCAAUCCACAUGGUACAACUUUAUAGGAGUUCUAGAUGUCUACGGGUUUGAGUGUUUCCAGAUCAAUAACCUGGAGCAGCUGUGCAUCAACUACGCCAAUGAGAAGCUGCAGCAGCACUUUGUGGCUCAUUAUCUCAAAGCUCAGCAGGAGGAAUACGUGUCUGAGGGGUUGGAGUGGUCCUUUGUCAAAUAUCAAGACAACCAGAGCUGUCUGGAUCUUCUGGAGGGAAGUCCUGUCAGUGUGUUUUCUCUUCUGAACGAGGAGAGUCGUCUUAAUCGUGCCUCAGACGCAAAGACAAUGAAGGUGCGUCUGGAGAAGGAGCUCAGCGAUAAUUCCAACAUCAGCUGGGACAAGUUCAGCAAACAGCCUCACUUCACUGUGGCCCAUUACGCUGGCCAAGUCGCCUACCAGAUACAGGGGAUGGUGGAGAAAAACAAGGACCCGGUGCCACCAGAGCUCAUCAAACUGCUGCAGAAGUCUGAAAACUCUCUGCUUCACCACAUCUUCACCGACAAGGAAACUGAGAUUCCUACCAGCAAGGGGCUCAGUAAAGUCACUGUGGUCUCCAAGUUCAAGAACUCUCUGGAGAGCCUGAUGAGGAUCCUCCACACCACAACUCCUCACUACACUCGCUGCAUCAAACCUAACCCUGACUGCAAGCCGCUGACCUUCAAAAAGGAGGAGGUCAUCAUGCAGCUGGAGGCCUGUGGGAUUGUGGAGACUAUUCAUAUAAGUGCUGCUGGCUUUCCAAUAAGAAUUCCGUUCAAAGGUUUCAUGCAACGUUAUGGACUGAUUGCAAAAUAUUCACAUGUCAAGUCAGGCAUCCAUUCUGUUGAUGCGGGGGCUGACUACAUUCUUCGGCGCGGGGUGGAGAAUCUCCUCAGCGUCGUGUUACAGCACGAGGCGUUCGACCCCCAGUGCAAAGAUAACAGUGGAAAACACAAUUCAUGGGUUCACUGCGGGAGGACUAAAGUUUUCCUCACUCAGUUGAUGCUAGAUUUUCUGGAGUACCAGAGGAAGAAGGUCCUGUGUCAGUGUGCCUUCUCCAUUCAGUGCUGCUGGCUGCGGUACCAGCGCCACAGACGCUGCGCCCGCCUGCUGUCUGCCACUCGGAUCCAAGCAGUGGUGCGGUCCUGGCUGGUGAGGAGGCAACUCCAGAGGUGGAACAGAGCAGCUGCAGUCAUCCAGAACACCUGGAGGAUGUGGAGGGCACUAUUAAAAGCCUUGGCUGAGACAGAACUGGACGAUGCAAAGGACCUACUGGAGGCGGACGUGCCACAAUUGAACGCCAUCAUCAGGGAGCGGGGCUCCGUGCAGCUCUCCUUCAUCCAGGAGCCCGUCUCAGUGCGAGGCUGGCCCCUGGGCCUGGCUCUGGCCUCGGCCCCGACCAUCACCAUGUCUCUUACAGCCACGGGCUUCCAGAAGAUGGUGUCUGUGAUGGCCUCCCUCAACCUGCCCUCCAGGAGAGGGGAGUACAAGUUGGAGCCCAACCAGUACUCGCAGGAGCUCGCCUCCAUACGGGCCCAACCCAAGGGAUCUGUAAAGCUGCACUACCGGCGGUCUCCACUCCUCUACGCUGACAGGAAGCCCGACAUGAAGAGUGACAUGAGCGGGUUCAAUGCCAUCCUGCUCGAGAAGACUUUGUAAGAGCUCCUCCUGUCGCUGAACACUAAUGUCUGAUUACUUGCACACAGAUUAAGGAUAAUCUGGCACAGAGGUGCUUUUGCAGUGAAGCAUCUGCUCUUCCAUAAUGUGACAGAGGGAACAAACCUGGCAUUUUAUUCUGGCAUUGUGUUAAAAUGUGUUUAAAGGGACCAUUUUCAGCUUCAUCUUUUUUUUUAUUAUGCCAAAGUUGAUCUCUCUCUGUGUUAUACACAGCUGCCAAUACCUGCAACACAUGCCCCGGGGAAUAGUAAUAUUUUGAACUACCAGGAGGUCAGGUAAGAUAAUGUAGUGUGCUGUGAACCGGGCCUUAAUAAGGUCUGUAGUACAAUCAGAACAUUGAACAGCCACAUUUGAGAUCAGACCAAUAGAAAACCAUGAUUGAACAGAGUAGUGAUUAUGAUAAUGUCACUGCAGGACAAGACAAAAUAUUUUUGUAUUAUUCGUAGUCCUUGUCUGGAGAACUGUAAAUACAUGGCACAAAAAAAAACCAGACUUCAGGUUUUUGUCUCCUUGAUGCCUCUUCAGAACAUCUGACUCCUGAUCGAAGUAUUUGGCCUUUGUCUAGUGCCUUUCUUAUAAUCUACACUCAAAUCAUAAAUGUGCUUAUUUAUUUAAGGGUGAUUGUUUAUAGAUUUAUUUUGGGUGUAUAAACACAUAGGUCGGAUGCACAGAUUAUCCGGUUAUUAGAACCAGCAUUUAUUUUGAAAGUAAAUUAUGCUUUAAAAAAGUAAAGUAUUGCACACGUAAAGCACAUCUUGCACAUUCAAACUACACAUCUGCUAAUAUGAAGCUAUAGACACACAAUUAAUGACCAAGCAGACACGUCACUUAUGUGAUACAGGGAAAGAAUAAACCCAGGUUUAUUCAAAAUGCUGCUUUUUGUUCGACAAGGGUCUUUCUUAUUCGCACAUCUGUCAAAUGUUUGGCCAAAACACUGUGUGGAUUUGCUGCAGAAAGUCCUGCAAAACAAUACCAAAGUCUUUGUACUCUAAUGUUUUGUGUCGGAGAAUAAACUUAAGUGCCAUCAACUUUUGCUAUAUUCUUUUUCAAAAUAUAUUUUAUAAUAACGUGACAAUUGUAUUCAUGUAACUGACAUUGAUGUUUAAAGCUUUUGGCUAAAAGGACAUCUCUUGUUAUAUUUCAUAUCUUAAUUUGAUUACUAAAUAAUGUCUUAACCUGUUUCCAGCUGUUGAUUUACUUAAAUGUGUUUUUGAAUAAAACAAAGAAAUGUAUACUGCUUGUCAGUGGUACCAAGGGAUCAAUGUGUAAAACUUGAAAUAUUAAUAUUUAAAUUACUUAUUGAAAUAAACUUUAUGCAUUUUCCUUUCA